AUGAGCCACGAUGAGCAGCCGACGCAACAGCUGUCUGCCUUCAAAGGACUCGGUCUUCUAGAUCGCUACCUGGCCCUAUGGAUAUUCCUGGCAAUGGCUAUUGGCAUAAUUUUGGGCAACUUUGUUCCCGAGACGGGGCCAGCCUUGCAGAAGGGCAAAUUCGUAGGUGUUUCAGUACCGAUUGCUGUUGGCUUGCUCGUCAUGAUGUAUCCCAUCCUUUGCAAAGUACGAUACGAAUCGCUGCACGAGCUCUUUUCGCAUAGGGAGAUGUGGAAGCAGAUCUGCUUUAGCAUCUUCGUCAACUGGAUCGUUGCUCCAUUCCUCAUGCUUGCCCUGGCCUGGGCUUUUCUCCCUGACAAGCCGGAGCUUCGCACCGGUCUUAUUCUCGUGGGUCUUGGGAGAUGUAUUGCGAUGGUCCUUAUUUGGAACGGUCUCGCUGGCGGCAACGACGAAUACUGUGCCAUCCUCGUCGCUAUCAACUCGAUACUCCAGAUGGUCCUCUUCGCCCCCAUGGCCGUCUUCUUCAUCCGCGUCAUCAGUCACGAGUCGGGUACGAUUGAUAUAUCCUAUAGCGUUGUUGCUACAAGUGUGGCUGUCUUCCUGGGCAUCCCGCUUGGGGCAGCGAUUAUUACCCGAUUUGUUGUUCGUAAGUUCGCCGGCGCCGAUUGGUACCAGCAAACUUUCCUCAAAUAUCUCGCACCUUGGUCUCUUAUAGGUCUACUCUACACCAUCCUUGUGCUAUUCGCAUCCCAAGGCAGACAAGUUGUUCACCAGAUUGUGUCGGUCGUCCGAGUAGCUGCGCCACUAAUUAUGUAUUUCGUGCUCAUCUUCUUCGUCACUUUAUGGAUCAGCAGACUGCUCGGCUUCCGGUUCUCCAUGGUGGUUACGCAGAGCUUUACAGCUGCGAGCAAUAACUUCGAGUUAGCUAUCGCCGUGGCGGUCGCGACCUUUGGCCCCAACAGCGACCAAGCCCUGGCAUCCACCGUUGGUCCGCUCAUCGAAGUCCCAGUCUUGGUAGGCUUGGUGUACGCCGUUCGCUGGAUGGCCAACAGAUGGGGUUGGAAGUAA